ACGAAGCGCUUUAUUUACUUUUGUUGUCAUCUAAAGCACUUCUUUUAUUUUUUUUAUUUCAGACAUUACAUUUCCAUUUUUGACUUCAAUCGAGACAGAAUCCGUUGUAGGGCUGAGAGAGAGGUUUGUUGUAGCUCUGUUUCUGAGGGCAGCGGGUAGCGGAUCAUUAUUGAUGGCAGAGGGCAGCAGUAAUCUGAGCAGUGCUCCUCCAGGAGACCCGCAGCUCAUCGAGCUCAUAGUGCAGCACCUGAAGAACAGAGGCCUGUUUGAUGAGUUCAGACGAGACUGUCUGGCAGACGUGGACACGAAGCCAGCUUAUCAAAAUCUGCGACAGAAGGUGGACAACUUUGUGUCCAAUCAUCUCAGUACUCAAGAAUGGAGUCCGUCCAUCAACAAGAACCAAGUGAGGAAUGUCUUGAGACGAAGCGUAGUUCAGUCAGGGAUGUUGGAAUCAGGGGUGGACCGUAUCAUUACUCAGGUGGUGGACCCUAAAUUAAACCAUAUCUUCAGGCCACACAUCGAGGAUGCCAUUCAUGAUUUCCUAGCCACAGAGAAGAAAGAAGAGGGUGCAUCAAAUUCAGCCCCUGAUGCUGAGCAACAGGAAAUGACUAGCCACACUGCAGCCAAAACACAAUGAGGUACAAGGAAUCACUUUUUGCUGUCACAUGAAGAUCACCAGAAGUGGAUGAACAGAUGCUGAGCACUAGAAUACUGGAAGUUUGCACUAAUUUAAGUUGGAUUGAUUUUUUUAAGCAUGUUAAAUGAAAGCAGGUUGUCCAAUUCAUGCUUUUGAAAUCCGGUUUAGUUCUUUCAGCACAAAAGAACAACUGAAGCUGAUUUGUCCCAAUUAAAAUAAAUCCAUCUCAGAAUAACACUGAUAUGAAAUACAGCGUUUUUAUUCAGACUGAAGCCAGACAGAAAUGGUCCUUUUCAUACAGCUGGAUUUGUGAAAUGCUUCUCAAUUAUUUCUUGCAAUAUUCUAAUGGGACUCAAACGCAGCAUUUCUACAAUAAAUGUAACCUUUUUAAGAAAA